GCGUCGAGUGCGUAUUAUAUGCAUCGUCGUGUUCGAAGAGAGAGGAUCUUAUAUAUAUAGGAGAGGCCCGCGAGCUCGAGAGUGCGCGCGCUGAGCGAGUGUGGCCAAGUUCACUUUCUGCCAUUAUAUAACGGAGGAAGUCGAAAGAAAGUGUCUUCAGUGUGCGCCAGUGCUAACCGCGCCGGGAAAUCCUGAUUUCGCGCUACCUUAGCGCUCCUGCUACUGCUGUUUAUUCUUACGCGAGAUAUUAUUCUAGUGUUUUCUUUGGUUUUUCAUUACGAUUUUAAGCAAAAUGCAGUUGACAAGGAUAUUGACGAUCCUCGCUUGCUGUUUUUUGAUUUUGAAUUGCGUGGCAUCAGCACCAGUGCCUCAGGAGCCAUUCUUUGAACUUCCCGUGCAACUGGUGGGCUUUCCCGUCAUCAUUGCCGCCGUUCGGAUAACGAAUUUCGUCAAGAAACUGGCUUACUCACUGAAUCCUCAAACUUACGCUAAUCGAACCAAAAGGACUCUUCCAAAAUUACACGAUGACGAAAUAUUGGAUGUAGCACAGGUUGAGAAGAGAAUGAUAUCGGAACUAGGAGAAAAUGUAUGUAUUUACGAAAGAAUAUGCUCAAAAUAUGCCCAAGCCACUCUUCAGAAAAAGGGCCGAGAACGUGCACACGAAUGGGAUAGCAUAUUUAGUCAAUAUAAAUCUUCGCCUGAUCCAGUGAAGGAGAACUACUUACUCAGCGUAUUCAUGGGCGACAUUAUUGGCAGUCCGCGACUUUGUCAUCAGCUGGCGAAACGCGGAAGAGAGUGCAAGAUUCCUUUAUCGGAUUGAUUGCGCGCCCUUUAAGCUCUCAAUCAAAGAUAAAACCGUAAAGCUACCUUUCACUGAAUUGUUCGGAUUUGUCAAUUUAGAUUUAGAAUUAUUCUAUAAAUAACAGCUUCAGUUGACAGUCUUAUAUAUAGUUUAUAAAAGACAGAAUAUUUAUUAGUUUUGAUACGCUUAUUUUUCGAAUGUCUAUGUUUUAAGUAUAACUGUUCGCGUAAAUGCCUCGAAUGUCAUUGUUCAGUUAGAAAGUACCUUUAAAAAAAUCGUAAAAACGUAAAAAAAAACUUUCGUAAAGACAAUGUACGUGAAGAAAUUUCUAAGUUGACAUAGCAAAAUAGUGCCCUCAGAAUACACUGUAAAUACAUAAUAGUUCUUACUUUUGUAUAGCAUAAGUUACUGCGGCUGAUUGUCCUCAGGCAAGCGAGCCAAAUGAAAAUCGAACUAAAGUGGAAAAAACGUCGGUGUGCACUUACGUGAGUAUGAGUGGCUACAACACUACACAGAAACACACAUACAUAGGCACGUGCAGCGCGGACCUCGACCCGCGCUUUCUCCAAGUGAAGUAAUCCUUGUCGCGCUAGCAUACUCGUCUCUUUCUCUCUGUUUUCUUUGGCACCGCGGUAUACUAGCGACGCAGCUCUCGUCAUCGUUUUUAUUAGCCCCGGCGUUAUUGUACGUGCGACCAACGUCAAUUGAUGAGAAUUAAUUACGAAGAUGCUACCGUGAUUAUGAUAAUUAGCCUCUAUUCCUCGAGGUUGGCGUGCGCAGACUAGCAGUCCCUCUUUCGUCGAUUUUUUUUCUUUCGUCUUUCUGCCUACUCCUGGGGAGGAGGAGUUAUAUGCGAACGAACCAAGAAGCCAUUCCAGCAAGCUGUCCGUUGUGAGACAAUGAUUAAUUGCGAUUUUCAUGAAUAAACAUGCAUAUUAUACCCACGGCGGUUAUGACAUUGAAAAUACUUUCGAGAUUUUAAGAAGCUAGGUGACGUUUGCUCUUAAUGAACGCGCGCGCUCUGAGACAUGAUUAAUGGUUCUUUCGAUAAUGCCAUAAACAAUGGGCGCACUUGCGAGAGACGCGAAAGAGCGCGAGCAUUAUAAAACAAUGCGUUUAACGACAUGACCCUAUGUUAUAAGAAACGUUGUAUAUCGAAGUUGUUAUGUAGUUGUAUUUGUUAGUGCUGAAUCAUAAAAUUUAUUUUUCCAAAUGUAACAGCGAAUAAAAUUUACAAAUUGAAAA